AUGGCUCAUGCUGAGGGUCCUUAUAUUUCUGGUAAAGCUGAGGAUGGUUCUGAUAUUCCUCUUCCUGAAAAGUUUUCUUCUUACCAAACUUGGAAGUUUGUACUUUCCGAAGCUGAGACAAAGAAAGUGAUUGAUAAGAGGGCCAAAACUUCACACAAUGCAUCAGCUUCGCAGAAUAAUAAAGUGAAAUCUUUGGGUGAUAAGACUUCAAGUAAAGGUAAGUAUAUUCCUAAAAGGCCUACGUCUAAAUCUUCAUCAAAAACGACAUCUACAAUGGAUGAUCUCUCUAGGAUGCGUAAAAGAUACGAUUCCUCUUCAAGUUCGGAAUCUAGUGAGGAUGAUAUCUCUGUUUCUGAUGAUUCAUCAAUUCCUUCUUCUUUGAAAGAGUUGUCCAAUCUUUUUGCUGGAGAUCUCCUAACUGCUAUUGAUAAUGAAGAAUCAAAUCGUGCUUUUGGAAUGGUUUCUAAAAUAUGCGAUGCUCCUACUUUAGAUGAUCCAUCUCUUCGUGGAGCUGCCUCUGCGAUAAGUCCUAACCUCCAAUUCACAAUCGGCUCUUUGGGAGCCCGUUUAUCUUAUGUAAUCUCCUCGGACUACCAAAGGAGACUUACUAAACUUGAGAAAGAAAAUGCCAAGCUUAAAGAUGAGAAUUCAACCAAUUCUGAUUUGAUUCGCAGAGCCCGAGAAAGAAAUGAUGAACUCAUUGAUCUAUAUAACUUUUCGGAUGAGGAUGCCAAUCUUCCUGAUGGUGAAACCCUUUUAGAACACCUUAAUUCUUCUUUAAAUAACUAUCCCAACCAAGGAUUUGAAAAUCUGAAUUUGGAAGAAUUAAGAUUGAAAUAUGCUGCUCUUAGAAAAAGUCAUAGAUCUUUAUUGACUACAUUUAAUAACUUUAAACAUCGUCUUCAUGAGAGCCAAGAACAAAUUCAAAUUUUGGAAACAAAGAAGAAUAAGCUUAUUGAUGAGAAAGACGAGAUCACUCUUAAGGGUGCGAAAGCACUAGAAACAUUCCAAGAAUCCAUCAUUGAGGUUCAAAAAGAACUUGAAUUUAGUUGGGCUGAUAGAGUUCUGAAUGAUGCUAGAAAGUAUUUAGCCAUAAACGUGAGUCUUCAAGCUGAACAUUCCGCAUUGGUUAAAGACAUUGUUUCCAAUUAUGAAGAUAAGGAGAAGAAUUAUCUUCAGAAGAUUGAAGAGUUAGAAACUCGCUUAGCUUCUGAAGAAGAGAAGAAUUAUCCUCAGAAGAUUGAAGAAUUAGAAACUCGCUUAGAUUCUGAAGAAAAAGAUUUAUUUUCUCGCAACUCUAAGUAUCAGCAAUUGAAGAAGAACUUCAUCAUCAUGGUUUCAAACAAUAGCAAUGAUGCUAAUCGUGCUCGCGAAGCUGUUGUUAAGAAAGUCUGCGUUGAGAAUAACAUCCCUCUUACAAAGUAUAAAUUUCCAGAAAUCCCUGAUAAUGAACAUAUUUCUGAUAUUUCAGACAGCGAAGGAGAAGAUGAAGAAUCUGAAGAAGAAAUAACUGGUUCUGAGAUUGAGCGAGAUGAAGAUUAA